AUGAAAGCCCUGUGGGACGAAUUUGAUUCCCUUGGUACCGAGAUGAUUGUUACAAAAGCUGGAAGGCGUAUGUUCCCGACCUUUCAAAUCCGUCUAUACGGCCUUGACCCCACCUGCGAUUAUACCCUCAUGAUGGAUUUUGUACCUUGCGACGACAAGCGAUAUCGAUACAGUUUCCAUAGUAGCAGUUGGGUUGUUGCUGGUAAACGCCUAAUAAAAAAUGAAAAAGAAGAAAAGCAAAGAAAAAUGCUUUUGAUCAUGUGUAUCUAUCUAUACGACUUGCAUAUAAUCCUGAACUCGAUGCACAAGUAUCAACCCCGUUUUCAUGUCGUUUAUGUGAACCAGAAGACAGAAGACAUCUCACAGACUGAAAAUUUCAAAACUUUUAUCUUCCCCGAGACCAAAUUCACAGCUGUCACUGCUUACCAAAAUCACAGGAUAACGCAGCUGAAGAUAGCGAGCAAUCCCUUCGCCAAAGGUUUCAGAGAUUGCGAUCCUGAAGACUGGUAUGACGUCAUCAGUCAAUAA